UUGCCAAAUGUAUAUAAAAUAUUUGUAAGGAAAAAAAAAAGAAAUAACUAAAUAAACAAAACUCUUAUCUUCUCCAUGAGAAUCAUUUCCUCUCCACAAAACCAUGCCUUCUUUAAAGCUCCUUUCUUAAUCCCUUCAUAUAUGACCAAUAUGGUUCCUCUUGAGCCCUCACCGCUAAACGGCGUUUUUAGCUACGGCGGUUGCAACAGCGGCGGAGGCGGCUUCACGGAGGAAAUGAUGAUGAGAAAAGAAACAAUAAACAAUCAAGAUUCUAGUGGAGAAGCAUGUUCUGUCUCCGAUCCACUAGCAGCUUCUACUGAUUAUUAUAACAAAGACGACGGAUCCGCCGCAAAAGACGACGUCGUCUCCUCUAUUAACAUAGAAGACGGUGACAGAGACAAAUCUUGGCUCCGCUUAGGUAUAGGCCCUGAGGGGGACAACAACAACACGGCAUCGUAUAAACUCCAAAGUUGUUGUAGCAAAAAAGCAAGUGGGAGAGAAAAUUCGUUAGAGCUCAGUUUGUUCACCUCAUCUUCAAACGCGGAAGGAGCGGUUAGAAGAAGUAGUGUAGAUCACCCGCAACCGCAGCCUCGAACGUUACUAAACCGUGACUUUACGUUUCCAUUUUUAAAGCCGUGGAUAUCUCAAUAUACGGCGCCAUUUAGAGAGUCAACAAUAGGAAUGAUGAGUGAGAUUGACGUUACUAAAAAUAAUAGCGUUACAAGGAGUUGGUGUGAGGAGGAAGAGGGAGGAGCUGGACCAAGCUCGGAGUUUAGGGUUAUUGAUCCUCCAAAAAGACCACAUUCUGGUCUUUGGUUUCUUCUUCUAGCUUCACAAUCUCAGGAUAAGGAACCGUUCUUGCCUCAAGUAAACAAAAGCUACUUAAGAAUCAAGGAUGGGAGAAUCACAGUUAGAUUGCUAAUUAAGUACCUUAUGAAGAAGCUUCAGUUGGAUAGCGACUCUGAGAUAGAAAUAAGAUGCAGAGGGCAACAAUUAUCGCCGUUGUUGACGAUGCAGCAUGUCAGAGAUACCAUAUGGAGUCCAAAAUCAUCAUUACCAUCAUCAUCUCCUUCUUUCACUUUGCUUAGGGAUUCAUCAACUAGUGAUCAUGUCAUGAUUUUGCAUUAUGGUAGGACUGCUUAAUGAUUAAUUAUUUAAUAAUAAUUUUUGCUUUCAGUGUAACAUUUUAUAACUCUCUUUUGAGGGUCCAUAUGUGGACUACAUGUCCUUUUGGGUUAUUAUGAGCCAUUCCAUAGAUGCAAAAUACAUCCUGG